UUUUAUACGUAUUCGCCAAACAACUAUCGUCGUGAAAUGUGCGGAGUUCCAUAACAAAUAUAUUUUAAUUUUUAAAUUAAUUUUUUUAUAAAAUUAUUGACAAUAUAUAUUAUGUUAAAUUGUUUUUAUUUGAUACAUCUGAUAAUUUAUGGAGUACUGUAGUGUUAAUUAUUAUGCGUUGUAAUUGAAGAAAACUUACAUCAAGUCCAGCCAUUCAACAAUAUUACAGGUAUAGGAAUGUCGAACAUCAAUUCUACCAAAUUAAAUUUGCUGUACAAAAAAGAUAUGCCAUUUUGGAAAAGAAAAUGCUUUAUUUUAUCAAUAUUAAUAUCAAUUACUUUAAUUGGUAUAUUAACAUUUUUCGUGGUAAACGAUAUUUUUAAUCAAGGUAGGAUUUUAAAGACAGAUAGUAAUUUAAAUGACACACCACCAUCACCACUCAACGUGAGUUCUGACAAAAUACCUAAUGUAGGUAUACGAAAAAUUAGACAUUAUCAGACGGUUUCAGAUGACGUCCACGAACAAGAAAUAUCUGUCACAUGUGAAUUAAAUAAUAGAAUAAUAAAACUUAAGAAUGAAAUAGAAAGGCUUUACAAUAGUUUGACUCGAUUAGAUACUCGGUUUAAUAGAGAUAGAAGAGGUCUGUAUGAAACAACAACAAUUGUUGAUUGUGUACAAAUGAAAGGGAAAUUCAAUAAAAUCUACGAGGACUUAAAUCGAAUAUCUAAAGCAUUAUCAAUGAUUGAUAACAAUGGAAUAUGCCGUUGUAAAUGUCCACUAGACACUAUCACGAUUGUCGACACCACAACAGAAGUUACACGUUUAACAGAAAUACCGUUUGAUAUAAUAACAUUUGCGUCAGGAAAUUUAAACGAACAUAUUACACCUAGUACGAGUGAAAAAACAAAAUUAUUAAAAAAAAACACAAUCUCUAAUAACAAACCUCAAAGUAUAACCAAUCAGUUUAGAAGUAUUUCCGAUCACGAAAUCAUUACUACAACUUCGGACGAAGAAAAUGAAUUCACAACUGUGUUAUUAUCGGCACUCGGAGAUACUACUACUCAGGGAGACACCGGCGGAACUAUCGAUACAAAAGGAGACCUGUCACCGGAAAUGUCCAAUGCCGUAACUAAUUCUGUAAAACUUAAAGAUGAUGCUCAAAUAACUGUCGAACCACAAAUAUUAUAUCAUACCGAAACUAUUACCAACGAUUAUAUAAACUUACAAACACUCAUUACUUCUGAUAUGCCAACCAGUUCAACAGAUAUUACAGAUGAUUCAAACGAAACUAUUCAAACUACAGAGUUAAACAAUAACAAAAUAUCUACUGCACAAGAGAAAGAAACAAAUAAAGACGUUAUUUUAAAAUUUACAACUGAAAGUGAAGAUAUUCCUGAGUCAACCUCAGAAAUAUUAGAACUUGAAAAUAAUCAUAGCAAUACUUUUAUUACAAUAAAAACUCCGGAAUCGACAUUUGGAAAUAGAAAUAUUUCAAAGUUCACUUCAAGUACAUCGGAACCUGAUAACAAUUAUAAUAUCGCUUAUACUACAGAAAAAACUUCGCAAUCUACACCUGAAAAUGAAAAUAUUUUAGGAUCGACUGCAGAAAUAUUAGAACUUGAUAACAAUUAUAGGAAAAUAAAUGUUAAAGAAACAACUUGGAGACCGACAUCUGAAAAUGAAAAUACUUCAGGAUCGACUAUAGAAAUAUCAGAGCUUGACAACACUUACAGCAAAACAUAUGUUACAGAAAAAACUUCGGAAUCAACAUUUGAAAACGAAAAUAUUUCUGAAUCAACUACAGAAAUAUUAAUACUUGAUAAUAGUUAUAGCAAAACAUAUAUCAUAGAAAAAACUUCAGAAUCGACAACAAAAAUUGAAAAUAUUUUCGAAACGAUUACAGUAACAUCAAAGCCUAACGAUAAUAACUAUAACAAUUAUAGUAACACUAAUGUUACCGAAAAAACAGUUGAUUUAAUAAUUGAAAACAAAAACAUCACAGAAUCGAUUACAGAGAUGUCAAUUUCUAAUAAAAAUGACGAAAAAACAAUUGUACAAGAAAGAAAUUCCUUAGAAAACCAUGAAAAUGAUGAAAACAAACGGGAAAACGGACAAAAUACUAAUCAAUCGACAAUUAUAGGUAACACUGGCAUAGAAAACUUAAACCACUCGGAGUUUAACAACAAAGACGAUGACAAAAGUACACCGCAGCAGCCUGAAGUGAUACAACAACAAUUACUACCGAAAUCGUAUCCAAUAUGCUUUUAUCCAGUACCAUGUUCACCAAACAUAGUAAGUUACCAACAAAAUGAGCAAGAUACGAAUAAAAAUACAAUACAGUAUUCGGCACAAUCGCUAAACGCAUAUAAAAGAAAACCGCCUGUUGCCACAGUGAUUCAAAACAAUUACCCAGUCUUGUUAAUUUGUCGAACGGAUGUAGUUUGUUCGGUUACCGAUUUUGCAGGACAAUCGAACAGGUUACAUUGUAUGUAUUCUGUGAACGCAAGCAAAAAUAAUGAAUAUACUUCUAACCAAACAAUAAAAAACUACGAUAACAGCACGAAAAAUACAUUCAUGACAAGGACCAAAAGCGCAAGAAACAAUGAUGAUAUUCUAACGGGUAAUCUCGAUUGUCCAUUGAAUACGUUCCCAUGUGUAGACAAUUCCGGGUGUGUGGACACCGAAAACUGGUGCGACGGCCGAAUUCAUUGCAAUGACGCGAGUGAUGAAAGCCAGUGUAAUUGCAAACAACGAAUAGACAAAGACAAAUUAUGUGACGGAUAUUACGACUGUCCGAGCGGAGAAGACGAAUUAGGUUGUUUCGGUUGUAAUAACGAAACGUUUAGUUGUGGCGAUUGGGAUAUCAUUUCACAGCGUUCCAGUUGUUUUGAAAGACAAAAUCGUUGUGAUUACAUAAAAAAUUGCCCUAACGGUCGAGAUGAAGACGAAUGCACUUUGCUAUCUAGACACCUCGAAAAUCCUAAUCAAAUAUUUUUCAUGUCCUACUCGUCCGGUUAUCUGCACCAUAAUUGGAGAGGUAAUUGGUACCCGAUGUGUGGUAACGAUAACAUUGAUACAUGGGCGGAAAAAGCGUGUACGGUUGAGUCUGGCGAAAUGUCCAAACCAAACAAAAUACAAUAUAUAAAUGAUUUUACUACUUAUGAUGGUCCUUAUAUCAAUAUCGUUGGAAAUAAUCAAAUUAUAUUAUCAAACGAAUGCAAGCAACAAGGGAUCUUUGUGGAAUGUGAACAAGAUAUUUGUGGCAUACGUUCUGAUCUUAAAUUUAAUAAAAACAUUGAUCCUGAUAGAUUGAGAAGAAGCUCAUAUUUAGAAUCAUCGGAUAACAUCACCUCGCGCUUUGCGAGAUCGAAAGACCCUAGAGUAGUUGGAGGCGUCGCCAGCAAUCCUGGCGCGUGGCCGUGGCUCAUUGCACUUUACCAGGACGGUAUAUUUCAUUGUGGAGGUGUUAUAUUAAAUGAUCAAUGGGUAUUGACCGCAGCGCACUGCGUUAAUCAGUAUAAGAAACACUUUUAUGAAAUACAAGCUGGAAUUUUGCGAAGAUUUUCGUUUUCACCAAUGGAACAAUCGAGAAUAGUAACUCACGUAAUAAUUCACACUCAGUAUAGUAGAUCAACUAUGGAAAACGAUUUGGCAGUGUUAAGAUUGGAUCGUGGACUAGAAUUUAACCGUUGGAUUCGCCCAGUGUGUUUGCCUGAUAAUAAAUUGAACUGGAUUCCAUUCCCGGGAACAAUGUGUACAGCUGUUGGUUGGGGAGCUACGGUCGAACAUGGACCAGACCCGGACAACAUGCGAGAAGUAGAAGUACCGAUUUUAGCCGAGUGUACGCAUAAAUCUGAUAUAGAUGGUAAAGAAAUUUGUGCUGGAUAUUUGAGUGGGGGACACGACACUUGCCAAGGAGAUAGUGGAGGUCCGCUGCUUUGCAGAGAGCCCAACAAUCUGAAUAAAUGGUAUGUGGCUGGCAUAGUUAGUCACGGUGAAGGAUGCGCCAGACCUAUGGAACCCGGAGUAUACACUAGAGUGGCGUUGUAUAUGGAUUGGAUUAUUAAAGCUACUGAAGAGAACAAUUUGCCACUAGACCGUCCACUACAAUAUUGUCCAGGGAUUCGAUGCAACACCGGAAAACAAUGUAUUCCGACCAAACGUCAAUGUGAUAAAUAUGUAGAUUGCAUGAACGCGGAAGACGAACAAAAUUGUGAUUACACUGGUUCUCAGUAUCAUGUGGAUUUAUAUCGGUCGAGAAACACUGAUCACAGCAAUUUAAAGUACAGUAAAUUAAAAAGUGCUGGACAGUCAUUGCGGGAUGUUAAUACGAAUUUCACGGUCACCAAUCCCAAACGGAUGCCGACAACAGUAGCAUUUGUUCUUAAAAACUCAACACCAUUACCAAAAUAUGAUGUCAACUCCACUUUCCAGAACAAAGAAGUCAUUAAAAUCGAAAAUAUAACCACCAAUAUGGUUAUCGAAGAAAAAUAUAUUAACAGUAAUAUAACGAGACUAAAUGACACAGUUUUCGACUCCUUAAAACAACUUUUUGACAACCAGUUUACGGGAGAAACGUUCAGCUGUAAAAGAAUAACUCAAGAUGUGUUGUCUAACCACCGCUGCGACGGCACUGUGGACUGCGAAGACGGGACUGACGAAGAGUUCUGCGACUGUAAAACGAGACUGGCGAACAUGUACAAUUCGACGGCCAUCUGCGACGGAAUUGUAGAUUGCAACGAUGGCGCGGACGAAGCCGACUGCAUUACGCCCAAAUGCAAAUCCGACGAGACUACUUGCGGCUGGCCUAAAAAAUGCAUCAAAAAAAGCGCGUGGUGUGACGGGCACGUAAACUGCGUCGACGGCAGUGACGAGAAAUACUGCGUGGCGAUCACGAACGGCACUACGGCUGUGACAUCGGACGCAACCGGACGACCGACGUUGCGACAAUCUGGCAUGGUGGCUGUGAACCGCAACGGUAUCUGGAGAGUGAGGUGCAUGCGUGAUGAUGAUGCGGUUGUUAAGAUCGCACACGAAACGUGUUCGAGCCUAGGCUACUCACAAUCAGAAUACUACGACAAGAAAACGUCGUGGAACUGUGCUCUACCCUUGAAAAAAAACAAGGUGAAGUUCACCGACUUGUGUCAAGGGCUCUACGUUGUGUGUAGCGGCAGGAAGACGGUGGAAGAGAAACGGUACCAUUGGCACGCCGACGUCUUAGUGGACGGUACGCUCGUUCAGUCCGGAGUGUUGCUGAAGGACUCGUGGGUGCUUGUCAAAAGAACCGGUUUAAAAUUAAACAAAGCGUACGUGACGGCAGUGUUGGGCGGUAGUGCGCAUUCGAUCACCUGGAUCAAGUCGCCUUACGAACAGAUCGUCCGGAUCGAUGGGAUUAGAAAAGUUCCGGGCACAGAUUACGAUUUGCUUCAUUUGGCUAGUCCGGCGACUUUGAGCAGAGGUGUAACGCCAUUGGAAGUGCUACCUUUUCAACCGUCGUCUCGGCCGAACGACACUUGCUAUGCGAUCGGCUACACGAACGAUAGGCGCAACAAUAAAACCGAAGUUGCGUUCCUUCGACCGGAUACAGAACUAUGCGACGACCCUAACACUUUAUGCUUUACUGUGUCACAAAUACCCCGAUCGUGUUCAAAUGAAAAUAAUAUGUCUCACGUGGUCGCGGUCAUCUGUCAGUCAAAUUUCGGUUUGUUUUUGGCCGCACCGUCAGUUCAGCUCGAAAUGAACCUAUGCGAUCGAAACGCGCGAGUCCGGCUACCAAUGGCUGAUAAUCUAAUGAACGAAAUCGCAGUCAUUACUGAUGAGAGCAUAAAAACGACACCCGCCCCAUUUUGUGGAGGAAAACGCUGUGAGCUUGGCGAGUGCGUUCCGUGGGAAAGAGUGUGUGACGGAAUACCGGAUUGUCGGGACGAACAAGACGAGACAAUCAAAAUGUGUAAAGAACGUUCAGAGAAAUGCAAGACCAACGACACUCUAUGCAUAUGCAACGUGGGCAGUUUUCGUUGCAACAAUGGCAAAUGUGUGGAGAAAACUGCAUUUUGCGAUGGGAUCGACAACUGCGGCGACGGAACCGAUGAACCAAAGACAUGUCAGAAAAACACGUGCGUGGACUAUCUAAAGCUCACGGCCCCGGAAAGAUUAUGUGACGGACGUUGGGAUUGCUUAGACAAGACGGACGAAGAGUUCGCGAACUGUCCCGGUUACUGUAAUAGAACGAACGUUUAUCACUGUCAAUCAUCGAACAAAUGUAUAUCGUCGGAACUCGUGUGCGACGGCGAAGAAGAUUGUCCCGAAUCGGACGACGAAGCGGAAUGCAUUGGAUUAAUCACUCCAGCUGGAAAAAAAAACGAAGGCGUGCUGGCGGUAAGGUCGUACGGACACUGGCACGAGCAGUGCAUAACCGAAGACUACACGGACGUCGAUUACCAUUCGCUGUGCAGAGGACUGGGAUUCAGACAUGCGGUGGGCAUCAAAAAGGCGGACGGCGCCAGUGUGGAUUUCGAGAACUUCAUGGUCGUUCAGCUGAACGCGGGCACGGAUGUCACCAUCCGGUCGGCGACCAAAGACAUCUUACAGCGGCGAACGGACCGCGUGUGCACCGCCACGUACGUAGUUUGUUCCAGCACGUAGCUAUAAUUGGACGUCACGACGUUUAAAACAGCUCAGCUAAGGCGAUAAAAAUAUAAAAUAUUUAGUGUAAUGACAUUGUUUAUAUUAUAAUCUAAGAUUAGAAAUAUUUACUUACUUUUAUUUAUUUUAUUUUAUAAGUGUUUGACGUAAACAUAUUUAUUAUAAUAUAAUAUAUUAUGACCGCAUUGCUUGUUAUCAGGUUAAAAAAAUAAUAAUAAAUAACGUGUUUUAUUUAAA